AUGGGGAUUGGACACGUCUUGUUGCUGCUCAUGUACUUAGACCCGCUGUGCGUAAUGAGCGCCGCUACACCCGCCAAAAAGCCCAAACCGUCCACUCGGAAGCCCCCCAGAACUACACUAAUGCCCACCACGGUCCAGCCGCGGACUACACCCCCGGCACCCGUCAGCACGCACGACACCUGCCUGGGCUACUACGACGUGAGCGGCCAGUACGACAAAAUGUUCGAAUGCAACAACACGGACCACCGGUACUGCUGCGGCACGUGCUUCCUGCGCUUCUGCUGCGAGUACAAGAAGGACCGGCUCAACCAGAAAGCCUGCGACAACUACCAGUCCCCCAAGUGGGUCCAAACGGCCGCCCCUUCCCCCGUGCCCACCGGAGACACGUACGACCCCAGCAUGGACAGCACCAACACGGCGGUCUACAUCACGUGCGGGAUCAUCGCGUUCAUCAUCGUGCUCGGGGUGUCCGUCAAAGUGGCGUACGACAAGGCUACGGAGCCGCCGCAGGAGAUGAACAUUCACAGGGCUCUGGCGGACAUCCUGAGGCAGCAGGGGCCCAUCCCCAUCUCCCAGUACGACUGUGAGAACUUCGCGGCUAUGAACGGCUCCCCCAAAGACAACACCCCUGUCCGAACGUCCUCCAAGAACCACUACACCCCUGUACACAGCAAGUCCAACCACGGUCUGCACUACGGAAAAGACAGCGUGCGCAGCAGUGGAGGAGCCGACCUUCAUAACUUCAUCUCGUCAGGCUUCGUCACUCUGGGUCGAAGCCAUCAGAAAGGAGAAAAGCAUUGGCCGCUGCGCUCCCAGAGUCACCAUGGUGCCCAUCAGCAUAACUAUAACCAUGUGGCGUUAGGUAGCCCCACACGCACCCCUAAAAAUGCACACCGGUCGUUGAGGCGUGAGAACAAUCGGAUCAGUGGGAUCCUGACCUCGCAGACGGAGCCCUUCGACCUGUCCUUCUCACGCUCCUUCCAGAGCCUGUCGCACCUGCCGCCGUCCUACGAGGCGGCUGUGGCGGCCGACCUCAGCCGCUUCUCCUCCCUCAAGAAACUCACCAGUGACAAGGACGUAGAUGAGUACUACACCCGCAAACGCCACCUGCCUGACCUGGCAGCCCGAGGCACACUGCCCCUGCAUGUGCUCAAGAUGAGCCAGGAACUGCACCGCGAGCCACAGCAGCACCAGAGCCAGCCCCCUCAGCAGUCCAUGCCUCAGGCUCCGCCCCCCUCACAGGGGUCUCAGCAGUCAUCCCAGCAGAGGCAGAGGCCGCGCCGUGUGCAGAGGGCCAUGUCCCAGGACAGAGUGCUGACCCCCCAGAGCGCCCCCCAGCAGGACUACAGCAUGUCGCCCAAUGGCAUGUCCCCAUACGGCGGGCGCAUCCUGUCCGACGAGCAGCUGCUAUCAGCGGAGCGCCUGCGCUCUCAGGAGCGUCUGCUUCCUCAGGACCGCCACACGUCCCAGGACCGCCUCUACACCAAGGACCGCAUGAUGUACUCUAAAGAGCGCCUGUCACAGGAGCACCUGUACCCCAAAGACAGGCACUACUCUCAGGAGCGCCUCUACUCACAGGAUCGACUCUACUCACAAGAGCGCCUCUACUCCCACGACCGGCUGCUGUCCCAGGACCCCCUCCUGUCCCCAGACAAACUUGUGAUGUCCCUGAAGCGUGGCAUGGUCAGCAGCAUCUCGGGCGGGGGUUUUAGGGGCAGUGACAAGUCCAUCUCACGUGCCAUCUCUCACACCGAUGUCUUCAUGCCCACCACACCCAUCAUGGAUCGCUACAAGAUGACCAAAAUGCACUCCCACCCCAGUGCCUCCAACAACGGGAGCGGAGGGGGCGGGUCAGGGGGAGGCGGAGGAGGCACUGGUCACUCCAACACUUUAGCCAUGAACCAGACCGCCUCCAAGAGACAGGCCUUUGCCUCCAGACGGACUCACACUGUGGAGCAGCUCCACUAUGUGCCGCAGCAGCAACACCACCAGCAGCAGCAGGCCCAGACACAGCACUACCGCACAGGCAGCAAGACCGAGGUGACUGUGUGA